UCCAAAGUGAGCUUGUCUAUGAGGUCAUGACUCAUUUAUCCACACGUUCCAUUUAGUAAAUCCGAAAUUUGUGGAAAAUUUUCAACAAAAAAGGAAAAUAGAACUAUGCUUUCGGUUUUACUCCUUUCCGCAUUCAAAUCUUCUCAUAACUCCGCCAUCCCUAAUCUUAUAGGGAAUGGCGAGUGUUUGAUUCGGGAAUGGUGGUUUCAUGGGAGAGCAGGGCGCGAUCAGGCCGCCGGCGGUGAGUAAAGACGAGAGCCGCGACGAUGGCGGCGGCGGCGGCGGAGGGGGUAGGGCGCACCGCCCGGUCGGGGAGUUCGCCGGCGGAACAGCGGCGGAGUGCGCGAUGGUGUGUUGUUGUUGUCCCUGCGCGGUGCUGGAUUUCCUGGUGCUCGCAUUCUACCGGGUCCCGGUAGGGCUGUGCCGGAAGGCGUGGCGGAGGAGAAAGCAGAAACGGCUGCUUAUGAAGAGGAGGAAGAUGGAGGAGGGCGGCGCGGCCACAGUUCCGGCGACGACGGGGUCUCCGACGCAGCCGCAGCCGCCGCCUGCGCCGAUCGGAGAGGCUGAGGGGUCCCGCAGACCUAAAACCUCGAACUCCAUUGAUUUCGACCGAGAAAUGUGGAGGCGGUUCAACGGCCACGGGUUCUGGCGGAGCGCGUCGGAGAGAGACGAUAGUUUCAUCGCCCCACGCUUUUAGUAAGUUCUGAAUGUAUAUAUAUGUGGCGCAAGGAAGGGUAUUUUCGGCAAUCAUGCUCAUUGAUUAAUUAAUAAAUUCGUGAUGAAAAUACUUAUCAUCUCA